AGAACUCUAGAUUUGACUUUUAGAUGUUGUUUGUCAUUCCUGACUUCUGUGCUUUUUUCCCCCACAAAUUUUCUUACAGAAUUCUGGCUACAUUCUAAGACUGGAAACCAUUGAGUCAUCUUGCUUUCACAUUUAACUUUUGUUAUGCUUGCAACAUUUCCUAUUUUUUUUUUCACCACGCCUGCCACCUCCUUGCUAAACACACAAAACCUGUCCCGGCUGCUCUCUCAAGCUUUCAAACCAGUCUCUCAAAACCGUUUUAAAGAUGCUGCAGGGCUCUAAUUUAAAGCUGUACAUGUUAAGUAGGAAAUGUGCUCAUCAUUCGUGGUCUAUCAACAUCACCAGUAUAAAAACAAAUGAUGCAAAUGGGAUUGAGCAAGGUGGUUUUCAAUCUUAAUCUGACCUGACAUUCGUUAAGUCACUUAUCUGGUCAAGCAACUGGGCAAAUCUACCAAAAACUUUGGAGUACAUUUCAUCCAUAUUGAUCAGAAGAAAGUAAAGUGGAUAAGGAGGUACUGGAGGUGAAGGCCCAGGAACAAUGAAUCAAUAUCUAACAUACUCGUUGGUGGAAUCUGUAAUCUUGGUUCUGCUAUUUAGUCACAUCAAGGUUAAUUGUAUACCAAUUGUUACAACUGAAGAAUACAUCAGUGAUCCCCCUGAUUUCCUAACGACCGAGGAAGAAUAUGUUACUGAGGGUCCCGAACUCCUCAUGAUGCAGAGCAAAUAUAGUACCGAGGGUCCUGAUCGUCUAACAACUGUCUAUGAUGAUGUUACUACUGAGGAAGAAUAUGUUACUGAGGGUCCGGAACUCCUCAUGAUGCAGAGCAAAUAUAGUACCAAGGGGCCUGAUCGUCUAACAACUGUCUAUGAUGAUGUUACUACUGAGGAAGAAUAUGUUACUGAGGGUCCCGAACGUCUCAUGAUGCAGAGCAAAUAUAGUACCGAGGGUCCUGAUCAUCCAACAACUGUUUAUAAUGAUGUUACUACUGACGAUGACUAUGUUACGGACGGUUCCGAACAACUCAUGACGCAGGGCAAACACCUUACUGAGGAUCCCAAUUCUGUUCUUACAACCACCAAAAAAAUCACUAUCACCACAAUUCCUCUUUGGACAACUACCAAAGCCAGCAACGGCACACCUUCAAGUCAAGGAUCAAAUGGCCAAAAAAUUCUCACUAUCUUAAUUGUUAUAGGUAUAUUGAUUGUCCUCUGCACCAUAUUGCUUGUAUCAACGAUUUCUUUGGCCUAUCAGGUUUACAUUCUCAAGUCCGCCCUGAAAAAGCAGACAAAAAGAAAUGAUGAUUUCUGGUCCAGUGGUCCAAGCCAACUGCCAGCUGAUGCAGCAACUGUAAAACUGGAGCAUGUCAAACGUGUAGAGGAAAAGAAUGAGGCCACGGCAUCAAAGGACGAAGAAGCUGCCAAACCAUUACUAUAAUCAAGGGGAAAACUUCAUGCCUAGCUGAGUGAAGAGGUAAUUAAAUCAGUCUGAUUUUUGUGGACUAUAAUCCCUGAUCUGCCAUUUUUGUCCCCUUUGGGCAUAUUGCUACUAAGUGCUCAAUGGAGCAAGAUUCAAAUAAUAGAACGGUUAACAAAGCAAUUUAAGGUACUUCUAUUUUUAGCUGCUGGUGAAAGGGAAGUUUAGAUAAGGUGGAACCUAUGGUCACCCAGUGAAAAAUAUGCUAAGAUUUGUUUUGUAUUAUCAGUGAGUUUAUUGAAUCAACUCACUUGCUUCAAUCCUCAUCUCAUAUGCCUCAAGAUUCGCAAACAGAGGACAAGCUUGGUGGGGGCCCGUUCAGUGACAAUUUCUCAUUUUAUCGCAGCAUUUAAUGCAUUACCAUAUGUUAUUUAGUGACAAAAACUUAAUUAGUCCCAACUUGAACAGAAUUAGGAAUAUGUAAUUUAGAAAUUGGAGAUAAAGCAUCAUCGAUGGAAAUUAAUGCAGAUCAGUCAGUCAGUUUAAAAAGUCUUUUCUACUCAAAUAUGAACCGCUGAUCGGCUGGGAACUCACUAUCAGCUAUACAAUUCAUGCAAUAAAUGGAUGAUAAGGACAAAUUAAUGCAAUAUUUUGCUUCAUUGCAUUCCUCAAUGGAAUGGGUUACUGAAGACUGCAGAAUGUAUACAGUUACAAGAAUGAUACCAUGUAGCAGAUGGUUUAAGAAAGGGUUAUAUAACCUAUUGAGGUUUUAAUUAUGCGACCAGAAUUGUUGAAUGUAAAUUGGAAGGAGUCGAGGGGAAGAAAGUUGAAACCAACUCAUCAUCUUUACAAAUGAUUCCAUAAAUAACAGGUCUCAAUGGCUUUUUGUCUCUUUGGUGACCCAAUUUUGCUUUUCAUAUUAUCAGUGUAAAAGAUAUAAAUGCUUCAGGCAAGUAAUGCAUUACAUUAUAAGCUUCACUUAGAAGUGUCAAUUUGAAAUAUACCCAAAGAGCUAAAGAAUGUUGGAAUUACAAGCUGCUCGUGAAUUAAUUCCGAAGCAACUUAUUGAUUUCUGCUUACCUGAACAAAAAAUCAACUUGAAGCUCUCUGAGCAGGUGUACAUUCAAGUUGUGACUGUGAAGGGAAGACUGCAUGGGAUUGUUUUAGAAUUUCAGAGCCCAGUGGCUAUCCUUUUUUUUAAAUUUAGACUUUGAGACAAGAUUGCCGACUUAUUUUACAAAUAGUCUGUGUAUAAGCAUGAUACGAAUGAAACUUAUUUAACAAAACAAAAUAAAGUUGCAAACUCAGGGACAAA